GGCACGCCCGGCGCGGUGCGCGAGCGGCUCUACUUCGAGUGCGCCCGCUUCCACCCCGAGAUCAAGGAGCGGGACAGGGCGGCGCUGGUGGCGGCUGGGCUCCGCGAGCCCCCGCCGUCGCCGACGCCCCUGGCGCCCCAGCAGCUGGGGCAGCAGGGCGCCAGGAGAGCGGCGGGCACCACGACCCGUUCGUGCCGGAGCCCAGGGUGGUGGACUGCCGCGACCCCACGCCGACGCGGCGGGACCCCGCGCCGGCGCGCCGGAACGCCACGCCGCCGCGGCAGCGGGACUUGGCGGCGCCGCGGCGGGACGCGACGCCUCCGCGGAGGAGCGCCUUCGCAGCCGCG